AAACCUUUUCCACUUGGUGGAAAAGAUAGACACGGUCGAGGUUUUUGUUGAAAUUCAGUUCCUAAUCCUGCAGUUUCUUCCAGUUCAGCCCUGAAUUUGAGGAUGAUGAUGUUUGAUGACAUGGCGUUUUGUGGCGAUUUCGAUUUCUUCUCCUCUGUUCCAAUCAAGGAAACAGCAGAUCUCUCAGCUCCUCCUCCGCAGUCGAACAACGAGCCCGAUCCGACGGAGGAGGACGAUUACACAGACGACGAGAUCGACGUCUACGAACUCGAGAGGCGGGUGUGGAGGGACAAGAUGAGGCUCAAGAGACUCAAAGAACUGAACAAGGGCAAAGAAGUAAAUAACAGCAACGCCAACACCGACGACUCUACAAAGCAGAGGCAGUCGCAAGAGCAGGCUAGGCGUAAGAAGAUGUCGCGUGCGCAAGACGGGAUCUUGAAGUACAUGCUGAAAAUGAUGGAAGUGUGCAAAGCACAAGGCUUCGUGUACGGCAUCAUACCGGAGAAGGGCAAGCCUGUCGGCGGAGCGUCGGACAACCUCCGCGAGUGGUGGAAGGAUAAAGUCCGCUUUGACCGAAACGGGCCCGCCGCCAUUGCUAAAUACCAGACCGAAAACUGCCCUCCUGGAAAAUUUGAGGGGGGUUCCGCCCCCAUCGGCCCCAUCCCCCACACUCUGCAGGAGCUCCAAGACACUACGCUCGGAUCUCUUUUGUCGGCUUUGAUGCAGCAUUGUGACCCACCUCAGCGGAGGUUCCCUUUGGAGAAGGGGGUUUCGCCGCCCUGGUGGCCGAACGGUACGGAGGAGUGGUGGGGCCAGCUAGGGUUGCAGAAAGAUCAAGCGGGCCCGCCUCCUUACAAGAAGCCGCACGAUCUUAAAAAGGCUUGGAAAGUUGGGGUUUUGACGGCUGUGAUUAAGCAUAUCUCGCCGGAUAUAGCUAAGAUUAGGAAGCUUGUGCGGCAGUCGAAGUGCUUGCAGGAUAAGAUGACUGCUAAGGAGAGCGCCACCUGGCUGGCGAUUAUCAACCAGGAGGAGAUUGUGGCUCGUGAGCUUUACCCCGAUCGGUGCCCACCGCCUUUGACUUUGUCCGGUGGGGGUUUUGGCACCCACGAUUUCGGAGAGUACGAUGUCGAUGGGGUUGAUGAGGGGUCGAGUGAUAAUAACAAUAGUUUCGAAGUGCAGGAGCAGAAGCCCAAUAGGCUCGAUUUGUUGAAUAUAGUUCAACAACAACAAAUGCAGCAACAAACUCAUGAAAUCAAGAAUGAAGCUUUGAUGAUCGAUAAUAACAACACCUUCGAUUUCUCGAGGAAAAGAAAAUCCGGAAACGAAUUGGGUGUGAUUAUGGACCAUCAGAUAUACACGUGCGAGUUUCUCCACUGCCCGCAUAGUGAACUCCGCCAUGGCUUUCGUGACAGAAUCUCGAGGGACAACCAUCAGCUCUCUUGCCCCUUCAGCAAGCAACUAUCUCCAAAUUUCAGGGUUUCGAAUUUCGCCGUCAAUGAAGCGAAACCUGUCGUUUUCACUCAGCCAGCUGUCAGUCCAGCUCAGAAUUCGUUCGACCUGACGGGGCUCGGCGUUCCGGAAGAUGGGCAAAGGAUGAUUAACGACCUUAUGUCCUUCUACGACAGUAACGUACAAGGAAUCGUAUUCGAAGAGAACAAUAACAAUAAUAAUAGUAACAUGCACAAUAGUGGUUCGAUUUUUGGUGGACCAUUUGACCACCGUAAGGCUGCUGCGGACGCACCAUUCAAUGCGGGCCCCGCCGAGAAUUUCCCGUUGAUGUUUAGCUCGCCGUUCGAUAUGCCGUCCAUGGACAAUCUGCCGAAGCAAGAUGUUUCGAUUUGGUUCUAAGCAUAUUGGGAGGUUUCUAUAUAUAUAUAUAUUCAUAUCAACUAUUUUGCUUUGUCUUUAGUUUUUAAACAGUUAUUUAUAUAGUUACUGGUGUUAGAGAGCUGUAGGGGGUUUGAAUUGGACAGGCUUGUAAUAAACAAAUGGGAUUUACUUAUAGUAUUACUAUGCUUCUGGCACAAUGGACAGAUUUAUAUGUGUAUUGUGUAUAUGGUUAUUUUGGUUGAUUUCUA